CGGGAGUAAAGUGGAGCGAGGAUUAGGGCGGCGGCCGGGUUAGCCGGCCGGGGCGAACGGAGAGGAACAAGAUUCGAUCCACUGCCUGUGCCUGCCCCCCCUGUUCUCGCUCUAGAUCUCCCGCUCCCGAGUCUCCCGGCCGGCUCGCACCGCGCGGGCAGUGGCACACUCCUCCUCUCGGCUCCCACCUAUAAAUACACCCCUGCUCAUCGCGCUCCCCUCAGCCACAUGUGUUCCUCGAUUUGGUAGCCUGCAAGAACCGUGCUGCGAGCCCCUGUUGCAUUGAUUCCUCCUCUAUCUCUCGGGAUCCUGGCAGCAGCUCGUGGCGCCUGCAGGGAAUCGAUCCAUCCCCGGUUGCGCAACCGGUCACCGCUGGGGGUUUGUUGCUCGCUCCGUCUCUCAGCUGUUGCUGGAAUAAUCUGUUCCUGAUCCUGUUCCUGUUCCUGUUCUUGUUCGUUCUCAUCUCUCCCUUGAUGCAUUUCUCGCUCGUUCUUGGCCUCGUAGAGGUAUCUGUCUGUCCACACCCACCAGAAAUUUGAUCUUGCUGUCUCUCUGUCUCUAGCGCUGUUCUUCAUUGAUUUGUUGUGUGUGGGCACUCUUCACUGUCUUUAGUUCAUGAAGCUGGAAACUCCGCCGCAAAAAGCAGCCUGCAUUUACUUGUUGAAUCCGUUCCUCCUUCUGUGACGGAAGAAGAAGAAGAAGAUCAUCCAAGAACACCGGCAGGAGUCCCGUCUCUGGUCGAUUGGUUAGAUGCAAAGAGAUGGUGCAUGAGCAGAGCAGCGGCGCCCACCACCAUCAGCAGCUGCCUAGGUACGCCACCAGCAGCGGCGCGCCCACCGGCGUGGCGCGGGCGUCGAAGAAGAACAAGCCCAAGAAGAUCCCGCAGCGCGGCCUCGGCGUCGCGCAGCUCGAGAAGCUCCGGAUCGAGGAGCAGAAGAAGAUGGAGGGAGCCGCCGUGUCCAGGGCCGCGCACGCGCACGCGCCGCACCCGCACGCCCUCGGCGGCGGCAGCCUCGGCCACCUCCUCUCGAUGCACCCUCCGCCGCCGCCGCCGCUCUCGCUGAGCUCCCUGAAGAGGCCGGCCGCGGACGUCGGCGUGCCCGGCGGCUUCCCGCCGGCGCUCUGGGACCCGGCGGACCCGAUGAGACACCCGUACAAGCAGAGAAGCAUGUGCCCGCAACCUCCACUUCCAACGGUGAGCACGGGCUUGUCGCUGACGGCGUCGUCGAGCCACCACCCAACGGAGCCCCCUUCAAACCAAAUGUACAGCAGCAGCGUUAGUAGGAGCAGCGCGGCGGCGCCGGCGCCGGCGCCGGCCGACGAGGACAGGGACGCGGCCGGCGUGGAUAGGUCAUGGCCGUUCAUGUUCGAGGGCAUGAACGCGGCCGCCUUCCGGACGACAGGCAAAGCUCCUUUCGCCGCGAGGUCGACGAGAGAGGCCGGGUUGCCUGAUGCCUGUCCUGACCUGAGCAGAUACGAGUUCAGAGCAACGAAUUAUUUCAGCACAAAUCCGAGUUAUUCAGACUGGGCAUCAGAGUUUGCUCCCUGCAAGAGCAGCAAGGAGAACGGCUGCACCGGGGAGCCUGCCUACCUCACCUUGAACGCACAGCCUGCUCCCCUGAUCAAGCAGCCCCAUUUGAUCCCGUCGAUUCACCUCACAGAGUACAGCGACUUCGGCGUCAUGCAGUCUCAGCAGGGAAGCGUUUCAGCGUCGUCGUCGUCGCGGCCCUUCUACAGCUUCAUGCCGGUCGUGCCGGUUCGAUGCGAGAGACCCCUGAACGAGAUCAAGGCCGACGUGUCUGACGGCGUCGACCUGGAACUGAAGCUUUGAAGGAGCUCAUCAGACAUCAGUGGGCUCCUCCCUCUGUUCCUUCCUGGUAAACAUGGCACCAAAUCUGCAAUGGAAACAACACCUUGUUGAAAAAACCGACCGUAGUGGUGUGUUCAGUUUGUAACCUGAAAGAUGAUGUAUCAAAGUUUGCGUUCUGAAGA